AUGCUGCGCGUGAAGACCGAGGACGCGUUUGACACGGAGGCCCCGACCGUUAUGCCGUGCGACCCCGACGUGGAGCUGCUCAACAGCGAAGACGCCCUCAACCUACCCACCAUGGACGGCCAGACGGAGAACAAUCGCGAGGAGGGGGAGCAGAGGGAUGAGCUGAUGCCCAAAUCGGAGGACGGCAUCGGGGCAGCAGGCGACGCCAACGUCAAGCCCGAGGGGGUCGCGAGAGGCUCUGCCAAGGGGAACCCCGACGAGGCAUCGGCACGCGGUGCUCAGAUCGACGAUGAGACGCAGGUGAUCGUGCGUGGCCCCAACGACCGCCUGAUGCGCAUGUUGCCCAUCGCAGGCGUGGAGCCCCCGACGAUGACCGAGAAGGCAAACCCCGUCGGCGAGGAGGCUGAUGAGAUGGCGUCCGAGCCCGUGGCGGAGGGCAUCGAGGAGCGGGAGGUCAGCACCCGCGGCUCUGCUGUGUCCGACUUGUCGCUCCAUGGGGCGUUGCCGUCGGGCCCCACGAUGGUCGCAGCCGGCCGCAUUCGGAAGACGAUCAAUGGGUACGUGGAGGAUCUGCGCCACAAUGGUUGGUAUGACAGUUUCAAGCUCGGCACGGUGAGCUCCGUGGUGAGGCGGCUCGAGAAUCACCAGGACAAGAUCAUCGGCAAGGCUUCGUACGAAGUUCAAUUGGCGUACAAACAGCUCUUGGAAAGGAUCAGGGCAGACGAGUCCCCCGUGGCCGACACCCUUGAACACUUUUCAGUUUUGCUUGGGUACUUGGCGACGGUUGACGUGCCGCUGUCCGAGACGCUCACAUCGGUGUUUCAGUACGCGAUCUUCCAGGCUGACUUUAAGAGGAGUGGCGCCGUAUCUGGCCCCAUCAAGCGCUUCGACAUGGACGUCAUCGGGUUAGCCAAGGCUCGCGCCACCGAUGAGCCCGAUCGCAUGGAGGUCGUCGAGGUGCCUACCGAAGGUGGAGAUGAGCGCGCGGCAGAGGAGAGCGAUGCGCCUAAGGGGAGGAAGCCCAUGAAGGCAGCCAAGAAGCCCGUCCUCAUCAGCACCCAGGUGAUACAGGGAGGCUCCGCCACCGACCACUUCGAGCGCGUCGUUGCCGAGGCGCUCAAGGGCUACAUGGCGGGCCGCAAUGCGAACGUCCUCGAUUCGGUCCAGCCCAGGGAAGAUCUGAUGAAUGAGGUCCACAACUGCAUCAUCGCGUGGGAUGCCAGGUGCAGCGAGGCGGACGAGGGAGCCGACGGCGAAACCGACUUUACGAAGGUGUUCCACGCAAUCGACGUCAUCGUGAAGUGCCUCUGCACUGUGGAGCAGUGCCGACCCGCGUCGAAGGACGUCCGCGCUGCAAGGAGGACGGUGCUGGACAGCAUCAGGGUCGGCCCCAGCACCCCGAUGACGGAGCUGGCAAGGGCGGUCGCCAAGUUCGAGGACACCUUCGACCAGGCGUUCAAAGACAUCCACGCGUGGAGGGACCUCUUGGCGCGCGAGUGCAACGAGCAUGGCAGCUUGGACCAUCUCACGAAGCAGUACGCUGGCAUGACGACUUUGUUGAAUGGUAUUUCCCACUCCCUGGCGAAGUGGUCAACGUCUGCAUUGCAGGAAAACUUAGCGGAGUUCGGGUCGUCCAUGACCAACUGCAAGGUCCUCAUCGACAUUGUUCUAUACAUGCACGUCCAUGUAUUCUACGAUAGCUUCGCAAUCAACUUCGGCACGUGCGCCACCGACAUUGCGACUUUGCUCAGGGCGAGCGAGAAGUUGGCUAUCUGUGAUUCUAACGGCAGCGUUGACCAGGAGGCGUCGGCUCUUUCGGCUGACGGCAUGGACGAUUUCAAAAUUCACCUGCAGGAGUUUAAGCAGAAUGCGAACAUCUCCGCUGAUAAGCUGGUCGAGCUCAACAGCCGCUGGGUCGCUGUCCUGAGGCAGCUCUUCGAGCGCGCUGGGAAGGCCGUCAGUGAUUAUUUCGAGGAGUCUGAGAUGACGGCUGUCACGUUCGAGGGCUCGAAGACUUCGACGGUCUUCAACAUCAGCGACAUGACGACGUACAUCUCCUACUGCAUCGGCGUGGCUUCCGAUAGGUUCAAGGGCAGCGAGGUCACGACCGACUCUGCGAAGUUCAUCGAGUUUGCUGGCCUCGCAAAGCACCUGUCGGACAUUGAGCGUUUCCCGUGGGAUGUCAAGAGCGUGGCGACGGUCUCGGAGAUCCCGAAGCAGACGAUUACCGCGUUCAAGACCUUCGCGGACUGUAUAGGCAGGACGGCUGUAAUCUUAGGCAAGCAGAUAUACGACGACUGCAUGGCAGGAUUUGUCUCGAAGCACCUGAAUGAUUUGGGGCAGAAGCUGGAGUUCACGAUCGGCGAGGUCCACGACUCUGUGGUUCAGCAGGCGAAUGGCCACGAGCUGUUCAAAAUCCUCGUGCGCGGCGUGGCGGACGUGAAGGGCCUCAUCCCAGAGUGCAUGACGAAGAAGCUGGACAAGGGAGUGACAACGAUGCUUUUCACUUCAACGAAGUACAACGCGGCCCUCACCGACCUGAAACUGUUUUUGGAGGCAAGCAGCACGGAGCACUUGAAGGCCGAGGGCAUGGUCAAGGUGUCCAACCUUGAGGUGGUCGAGGUUCCAGUUCGUCACGCUACCGCCUACAUGUCCAUCAUGAAUGCGAUGAGGGACCUCGUCGGGUGCGCUGCGGCCGCGAACGGCAUGCUGCUCACAGAGGUUGGCUACGUUGAGGGCGUAUCCCACGAGCGCGCUUGCUCUCGGAUAACAAUCGUCUUAAAGCUUCUUGCAGAUUGCCUCGUGAAGGUCGACGCCCUGCUCCAUAACAAGGACGCCUACGCGAUUGAGAAGGAUGGGUGGACGACUGGCGUCAAUCUGAAUGCGGCGAGGCAGUGGGCUCACUCGAUGGGCACAUUCAGCAAUAACUGCCGUGAGAGGCUCCUCACCAUCAUGGAUGACUGCAUGAAGGCAUCUACGACGGCAUGCAGCUCGGAGUACGUGGGCUGGGCGGCCGCUUUCGACAAGACGAGGAAGCUCAACUUACCGCUGGCGACGAAGCUCUUCUUCAACAAGCUGGAUAAGGUGGCGGCUGCCCACAACAAGCUGCGCCAUGACGUCGCCGACGUCAAUGCGGCCGCUCACAGCUUGGGCAUCACGCCGAGGAUCCAGGGCCACGAUAUCACCGCGUCGACGAUCGCUCUGGCCAUGGCCUCGCUGGCCACGAGGGGCCCAAAGGGAGGCGUUGAGCACUGGUCGUGCGCGCCGCGUCGGGACCUCAUGCAGACGGCGAAGGCGUCCCAGCUGACGGUGGUCAUUCGCGGGGUGUCGCUCCUCGGCAGCCUCGCGAACAAGCCGACGGGCCCGUCGGAGGCGCGCGCCUUCACUCUCAAGCACAAGAUGCCUAAGAACAAAUAUAUCCCUGAGGGUUUCUGGGACGAGCUCGCGGUGAUGGCGCCCCUCUCGGUCUCGGAGAGCGCGGGCGCGGAGGGGGCGCCGCGCGAGGAGAUCGCCGAGGGCGCGUCGGGCAGCAGCCUCGGCCUCCAGACGCCC